AUGGCUCUUCCUCUCCGCACCGCCCGUCAUGCCUCCAGGCUAGCCCAGACAGUCAGCUGCCGCAGCUAUGCAACCGCCGAGCCAGACCUCAAAUCCGCCCUGAAAGCCGUGAUCCCAGCAAAGCGGGAACUAUUCGCCGAAGUCAAGAAGCAGGGCGAUGAAGUUAUCGGCGAAGUCAAGGUGUCCAACGUUAUCGGUGGCAUGCGCGGUCUGAAGUCCAUGCUCUGGGAAGGUUCCGUUCUCGACGCCGACGAGGGAAUCCGUUUCCACGGCAAAACCAUCAAGGAUUGCCAGAAGGAGCUGCCCAAGGGUCCCACUGGCACAGAGAUGCUCCCUGAGGCUAUGUUCUGGCUGCUUCUGACGGGCGAGGUCCCAUCAACUGCUCAGGUUCGGGCCUUCUCGAAGCAAUUGGCCGAAGAAUCGUUUCUACCAGACCACAUCCUCGACCUGGCCAAGUCAUUCCCCAAGCACAUGCAUCCCAUGACGCAGAUCAGCAUUAUCACCGCUGCGCUGAACACAGAAUCCAAGUUCGCAAAGCUUUAUGAGAAGGGCAUCAACAAGGCAGACUACUGGGAGCCUACCUUUGACGACGCCAUUUCACUUCUCGCAAAGAUCCCCCGUGUCGCGGCGCUGGUCUUCCGUCCUGAUGAGAUUGACGUCGUCGGCCGCCAACAGCUCGACCCAGCCCAGGAUUGGUCCUACAACUUCGCCGAGCUUCUUGGUAAAGGCGGUUCGAAGAACGCCGACUUCCACGACCUCCUCCGCCUGUACCUCGCCCUGCACGGAGACCACGAAGGUGGCAACGUCUCCGCCCACGCGACACACCUUGUCGGCUCCGCUCUAUCUGACCCCUUCCUCAGUUACUCCGCCGGUCUUCUUGGUCUAGCAGGCCCCCUGCACGGGCUUGCGGCCCAGGAAGUGCUGCGCUGGAUUCUGGCCAUGCAGGACAAGAUCGGCACCAAGUUCACCGACGAAGACGUCCGCACGUAUCUCUGGGAUACUCUCAAGUCUGGCCGUGUUGUUCCUGGGUACGGUCACGGUGUCCUGCGCAAGCCGGAUCCCCGGUUCCAGGCCCUGAUGGACUUUGCCGCCACAAGGGAGGAUGUCCUCGCCAACCCCGUCUUCCAGCUUGUCAAGAAGAACUCGGAGAUUGCACCUGGCGUGCUUACCGAGCAUGGAAAGACCAAGAACCCACACCCCAACGUGGAUGCCGCCUCAGGUGUGCUCUUCUACCACUACGGCUUCCAGCAGCCUCUCUACUACACCGUGACCUUCGGUGUCUCCCGCGCUCUAGGACCCCUGGUGCAGCUGGUCUGGGACCGCGCUCUGGGCCUCCCAAUUGAGCGACCCAAGAGCAUCAACUUGCUGGGACUGAAGAAGUAA